AUCAUUUUUAAUCUAAAGUAAUCUCGGUGAACAUACAAUAUCCAAUCCCUGCCCAUUCAAAACCCAGCCACAUUGCAGCGCACCCGUCUCCAUCUCUCCUCUGGUCUCCCCGUCGCUCUCUUCAGGCACGCAGAGCACCAAAAAGCUCGAUGAUUUUGCCCCCCCGUGUCAGUUCCUGACUAAGGAGUAGGGGGGAAAAUGGCUUGUGGAUUCACAGGUUUCUCGCCAGCCAUUAGAAUGGGAAGCAGAGCUUUGGUUCUUCUAGGAGCAACAGCAACAACGCCAACAGACCUCAAUCUCACUUCCGGAUUGUUCACUGGAGCGCGGAUUGCGCAGAAGAGGAGCGUCCGAAGCUACUCGGCCAGGUCUGGGCUUCCGCCGCCUGAUUUGCCUCGUUUGGCUGAAAUCGCUCGCAUCUCUCUGACUCCAGAGGAAAUUGAAGAAUUUGCUCCCAAAAUUCAACAAGUGGUAGACUGGUUUGGACAACUUCAGGCAGUUGAUCUCGAGAGUAUUCAGCCAGCGAUCAGGGCAGAUACUGAAAGUGAAAAUUUACGCGGUGAUGUGCCUGAAACAUUUGAGAACAGGGAGGCCAUGGUAGCUUCCAUUCCAAGCUAUGAGGAGCCAUUUAUCAAAGUUCCCAAAGUAUUGAACAAGGAAUAGUAUUGUUCAGAUUAAAUUUGUAGAUCAACAGCCUGCAUAAGAUUGCAGUUAACGAGUUACUGAUCCUUCCCACCAUUCGCCAGGUUAUGCCGAAGUUAAAGAGGAAAUAGGAGCAAGACACUAAAGCUUGGCUGUGAGGAACAUUGAGAGACAGCAAGAUAAAGGAAAAGAAACUUGUUUUAGUGGGAUGGAUUUGGAUCAUGUACUGCUUUUAAUUUUCAAAGAAAUGAGCAAAAUUUGGCUGGACAACAACGAACAGUCAAUAAUUUCUAGAAAGAAACUAUGAUUUUUUGGCUUGACAAUGGAUGUUAGUAUGCAUGUUCUAUGGGGCUACUGCUGCUGAUUAAGCUGCCUGGGCAAACAUAAAAAUAUGCCAUUUGCUAUACAGAAUUUCCAUACAGGAUGAUGGAGCUUAUUGAUGAUUACAUAUUAAAAACAAAAACACUUGCCAAAGUGAUUUGUAGUUAAAUAAAUACAAGAAAGGAGAGGGGAAGGGAGAAGAAAACACAGCAUCUUUGGAAGGGAAAACUAAAGGAUAUGUGAAAACUAAAAAGGAAAAGAUUAUACAAAUGUUGGUGUGGAGUUGGAUCACUAUUUGGAAUUCUACGCAUAAGCAUCAACGCUGAUCAUCAGAUGCUGCUCAUGAGUUUGAGUUUUCCUCGGAGAUCACCAAAAUGAUUCUACUCUUCAGUUUCUGCUUCACAGAUUCAUCUGGCCUUACUCCAAAUUAAGAAGUCGACAAGAAUGAAGGCUCCAAGCACAACUCUAAAAGCUCUGGCCAUAGCCCUGUUGGGAUUAAUCCGCAUCUACAAGUACAAAUAGUGGCUCAAACUUUUCUGGGAAUUUUCAUGCCUUAGUUUUGACAGAGCUCUGAGCUCCAUCCUCCUUAUCCACUCCUUGCUCACACCGAAAAGCCUGCCAAUCUCCUCGAGCGACUUGCGAUGAUGGUCGCCGAGCCCGAACCUCAGGGCCAGGACUUGCCUCUCUCUCAGAUCCAGGUUGUUCACCAGAUCAUAAAUGUCUUUUAUCAUAUGUUGCCUCAAAACAGUUUCUUCAGGGCUCUUUAUCGAUGCAUCUGGUGUAAACUCC